AUGGUGACCAAAGUCCUCUGUGUGGCAGAGAAGCCCUCAAUCGCCAAAGCUGUGGCUGGCCAUCUUUCAGGCGGCUCACAUCGAGUUUCCAACACACGCACGCCAUGGCUCAAGAAUUACAGCUUUUCCUACAACUUCCCUACUUGGGGUGCCUGUGAAGUAGUCAUGACGAGUGUUGCUGGCCAUCUACAAAGUACCGACUUCGCAGCUGACUUCAAAAACUGGAGAGGUGUUGAUCCAGAGCGCCUUUUCGAAGCCCCUUUGGUAACUUACGUGGAAGAUGACAAGAAAGGCAUUUCUGCAAACAUCGAAACACAGGCUCGCAACGUGAAUGUUCUCUUCAUCUGGACUGACUGCGAUCGAGAAGGCGAGCACAUUGGCAGUGAGAUCAGAGAAGUGGCUCUCACCAGCAACCCCCGCUUAAGACAACCUGGCAAGGUUGUGCGAGCUCGCUUUUCAAAUAUCGAAAGAGCCCAUAUCAUACAGGCUGCUCGAAACCCUAUUCCGCUUGACGAGAACUCGGCCAAUGCGGUUGCUGCCCGAAUAGAGCUCGAUCUUCGCAUCGGUGCCAGUUUCACACGCUGGCAAACCUUGGAAAUUUUCGAAUAUCUGAAGAGCCGAGGCGUGUUUGGACCUGAUGAGAAGAAAGUCCUCAGCUACGGAGGCUGUCAAUUUCCAACACUCGGUUUCGUUGUGGACAGGUAUUUCAUGGUCAAGAACUUUGUUCCGGAACCUUACUGGGCAAUCAAAGUCACGCACGUUGAGAAGGACAUUACUGUCAACUUCCGAUGGGCUCGCAUCAAUCUCUUUGACCGAAUGGCCGUGAUCAUCAUCUUUGAGAAAUGUCUGACUGCCAAACACGCCAAAGUCAUCAAAGUACAAACCAAGCCUGCCAGUAAGUGGAAGCCGUUGCCGCUCACGACUGUCGAACUGCAGAAGAUGGGCAGCAGGUUCUUGCGUAUGGACAGUCAAAGAGUCAUGAAAGUUGCAGAGGAUCUCUACACUCGAGGGUUCAUCAGUUACCCGAGAACCGAAACAGAUCAGUUUGACAAAGGAAUGGAUCUCAGAGCUUUGGUCCAGAAGCAAAGUCAAUCACAGGCAUGGGGACAAUUUGCUCAGGGUCUUCUGAAUGGAGGCUUCAAUCAGCCAAGACAAGGCCGUAACAACGACAAGGCCCAUCCGCCAAUUCAUCCGGUCAAUUUCGUUACACCGAACGCACUCAACAACCAAGAUGAGCGCAAGGUAUACGAGUUUGUGGUCAGAAGGUUCCUCGCCUGCUGUAGCGAGGAUGCCAAAGGCUCUCGCGAUGAGGUUGGUAUACUAUAUGGAACCGAGAUGUUCAACGCCUCUGGAUUGUCAGUGCUUGCAAGGAACUACCUAGACGUUUAUCCCUAUGACAAGUGGACUAGCACACAACAGCUGCCACAGUUCCAGGUUGGAGAAACGUUUGAACCUACUGAAGCAAGAAUGACUGAAGGCAAGACAAGUCCGCCUGGAUUUCUGACAGAGCCCGAUCUUAUUGCGCUCAUGGACGCGAAUGGCAUUGGCACUGAUGCUACAAUGGCCGAACACAUCGCUAGGGUCAAAGAACGUGAGUAUGUCAUGACACGACCUCGGAUCCAGCGAGCACCCGUGGAAGGGGAAGAGGGAAGAGAGGAAGGUGAAGCACCGCCUGUCCAAGAAGACGAUGAUGACGGUGGAGGUCGAGGCGGAGGCAGAGGACGUGGUCGAGGAAGAGGAAGAGGCGGUAGAGGCGGUCGAGGUGGCGGGGCAGGCGGACGAGGCGGAGGCCAGCAAGGUGGUGUACAGGAGUUCAUCCCAACUACCCUCGGCGUAGCCCUUGUCAAAGGCUAUGAAGACAUGGGAUUCGAAAUGAACCUGAGCAAGCCCUUCCUCAGGAAAGAAAUGGAGACUAAGAUGAAAGAGAUAUGCGCAGGUACUAAAACCAGGGGUGAUGUGGUGCAUGAGAGCCUGGACAUGUACAGGGAUGUCUAUAUCAGAACCAGACGGGGCAUCAACAUCCUGAAAGCGUCGGUCGACAGAUAUGUGCCGGGUGCAGGCGGCAACAGGUGA